UCUUAAAGUGAAAAAAAUCUGAAAAAGUUUCUGAAAACAAGAAUCAGAGACAUAUAUGCAAUCAAGAUAAACAUUAAUGUCAUCAUUGAAUGUGGUUAUCGACUAUUGGUAUAAUCCCACUCACACCAUCACACAGAAUUUAAUAUUCCAUCCAAAGACAGAAAAGCACUGCUCAGAUAGAAAGCUUCCACGCAUAAAGAUCAUAUUUUUUUUUCCUUUUUCUUCUUCUUCUUCUUCUGCUUCCUUUUAGAGAGUGGAGGGUUGGAGAUAAAUGCUGACCCGUAAGAUGUAGCUAUCACUGAAACGGAGAGAUAUAUGGGGAUGAGGAAGGUUUUUGUUGUGUGAAUUCUGCUGUUUCAUUCAUCUGCUCUGUCUUAUGUAUCUCCAGCCUCAUGAUGCUGUUUUGAUGAGAGGGGACACAGAUGAGAAAGUUUAGUACUUUCAUAGGAUGUCAACGAGAAGAGCUUAACUUAUGUCCUAAAGGGUUCCUGCCGGAAUCAUUGGUUGUUGAUCUUUGGAUUGAAUCUGAAUCCUCAUUGCUGCCCGGAGCAGAUGCAUUGAUUUAGAGUUGAGUUCUUCGGGUGGUUGAGUUGCUAAAUUAGUCGUUUUGCGUUUUCUUGAUUCCCUAGUUUGUGAAGUUAAUAGAUUUGGGAGUUGUCUUCUUCUUGAUAAUGAACCAUGACGAGAAAUUCCAGCAGCGGUGGGAGUUCAGGAGGAAGGGGGAUGAGGGAGACUCUUCAACCGAUGAUUCAAAAACAAGUGGUGAGCGAGUUGACAAGAAGCAUAAUCUAGUUAACGACUUAGUUUUGCCCGAAAAUGAUGAAAUAAGUGAUGCUCCUGUACGUCUUCAGCACAGUAAUCCUGAUACUAAUAACAGUGUCCACUUCCAAUCUGCGGAAGCUGCCCCAAAGAAAGUCGAAUCAAGCAAGAAAAAGAACACUCAGCCGAAGAAACCAAAGAAACUUCCAGUAGUCAAGAAGAAUAUAAAGAAUAAGAAAAGUCUCAGCCUCAAUGCCAAAGAGACGGCAAUGUUGGAUGAUCUCAAGGCAUUCUCUGCAUCUUUAAUACAUGAACUUGAAGUUGCUCGAGAAGGCGUGUCACAACAGAUGUGGCAAGAGAUGAGAAAGUUAGUCGCGUCUAGGCCAACUCCAGCGCCGGUAAAGAAGAAAGGCAGAUCUUCUCAGAAGAAGAAAGUGCAGCAGCCUCAGAACAGAAUCCAGCCCGAUGUGAAAACUCAGAAACGGUCCAGGCAAUCAUCAAAGACGAGCAAGAAAAGCAAUCUGACAUCUGAUGUAAACAACUUUUCUAAAGCUGUUGAAUCAAAUGAACCCCACAAAGGUGAUGAAACUAAACCGCUACCUACAAAGACUCAAAUAGUUUUAUCCACCGAUUCUGAUCCAGUAGCUUCUGCACCGUUCUUGACUCUACCUGCUGUCUUACCAAAACCACAACUUCAAAAUCAAAGGAACGGUAUCUCUUUGAACGAUCAUAUCAAUGCAAGCAUGCCAAGGAAUGUUUUAGGCUCAGAGACAGAAGUUGGAAAAUUGAUGGAUGCAAGAAAUAGUUAUCAUGGAUUUCCUGCAUUCCAGCCUGCAGAAAAACAUGGAAAUUUUCCUCAGAUUAGCUGCAGAACUGUGGGGUUCCUUGCUCAAAACAGCUCUCAAACAGCAACUUCAGGUAUUGGAUUUCCGGUUCCACUUCAUCAGGGGCUGGGAAUUAGUUCGAAUAUAUCAAGCCAAACUUACCCCGAAAACUCAUUCAGGGAUAAAACCAAAGUAGGUCUGGGGAGGAGUACCGGAGCUUUGAUGUUCCCUGGUGGAAUUCCAGCACUACCGCAAUAUGUUUUCACCAACAGCAUUAGCAGUACCGUGCACCAUAAAACCGAUGGUGAAUUUGCAUCAUCGAGAAAUAAACAGCAAGUAGAUACAGACAACUAUUGACUGCAGCUGAAUAUAUACCUUGUCGUCCAUCGGUAAUCCGUUCGGUUUUCUUGAAUUCUUUCCUAGUCAAGAUAGAAAAAAUUUGUCUGAAAUAUGCUGCUGAUAGGCAAAUUUGGUGGUAAGAACAAGUAUCCAAAAAUCAUCUUUAUGAAACAUUCAGCUUUACAAUGAGCAAUCAAAGUUCAAGUUGAUUUACUUCUUGUUGAGAUGUUUCCUCUUGUUCAUCUGCAUGGUUAUGCUU